ACCUCACUGGCUAGAGCAACAGAAGACUCAGGACAUGAGGAGAGUGAGAGACAAUGAGCUCCAAUCAGCACUGUGUCAAAUUAAAUGAUGGCCACUUCAUUCCUGCCUUUGGCUUUGGCACCUGUAAACCCAGUGAGGUUCCCAAGAGUAAGUCACUGGAGGCUGCAUGCCUAGCUCUAGAUGUUGGGUACCGCCAUAUUGACACAGCUUAUGAAUACCACGUAGAAGAGGAGAUAGGACAGGCCAUUCAAAGCAAGAUUAAAGCUGGUGUUGUAAAGAGAGAAGACCUGUUCAUCACUACAAAGCUUUGGUGCACUUGCUUUCGUCCAGAGCUGGUCAAGCCUGCUUUGGAAAAAUCACUGAAAAACCUUCAACUGGAUUAUGUUGAUCUUUAUAUUAUGCAUUUCCCAGUGCCAAUGAAGCCAGGGGAUGAUGAUUUUCCAGUAGAUAAGCAAGGGAAAUUUCUAUUGGACACUGUGGAUUUCUGUGACACAUGGGAGAUGUUGGAGAAGUGUAAGGAUGCAGGAUUGGUCAAGUCAAUUGGGGUGUCCAACUUUAACCACAGGCAGCUGGAUCGAAUACUAAACAAGCCAGGACUGAAGUACAAACCUGUCUGCAACCAGGUUGAAUGUCACAUUUACUUGAACCAGAGUAAGCUAUUGAAUUACUGCAAAUCAAAAGACAUUGUUCUUGUUGCUUAUGGUGCUCUGGGAACCCAGCGAUAUAAAGAAUGGGUGGACCAGAACUCCCCAGUUCUGUUGAAUGAUCCAGUUCUUUGUGAUGUGGCCAAAAAGAACAAGCGAAGCCCUGCCCUGAUUGCACUUCGAUACCUGGUUCAGCGUGGGGUCGUGCUCCUGGCCCAGAGUUUCAAAGAGAAUGAGAUGAGAGAGAAUUUGCAGGUUUUUGAAUUUCAGUUGUCCCCUGAGGACAUGAAAACACUAGACGGCCUGAACAAAAAUUUUCGAUACCUUCCAGCGGAUUCCCUUGUGGGCCACCCAGAGUAUCCAUUUUCAGAGGAAUAUUAACAUGGAACCUAAUUAUGACUGCUGCCUGAAGUCCCUGUGUGUGAACCAUGAUGCUGGUGAUGUGACCUAGAUGCUGUUGGAUGGACAUGUCAUUUCUGAUCAAUCCAGGUUGCUCAGCAACUCACAUUCACCUGAAGCUUUAGUUAAUGAUCUCAAAGAAAAGGGAUAUAAUUUUGAUGAUGCUUUAAAAUAAAUAUAAAAAAUUUCUCUU